CUUAGUCUUCCUUAUCCUUUUAUAUCUGUAACAUACACUCCCUCAUUGAAUAAUUUUGACAUUUUCUCAAUCAGAUUACCCUGAGUUCCCAUAGUGGGAAUUCUUGUUUUGUUUCAUUUUACUUUCUACUCUUAUUGACACAUUUUUCUUAUAUAUUUCUGGAAGUCCUUAUUUUUUCUUGGUCAUAAUGACAGUUUUCUAUUUUAUAUAUACUAAACAUUUGUUGCAUGACUUAAUGUGUAAAUCUAUUAUCCUAUUUUUUGAGUACUUUUAGAUAAUAUAUAGACUCUGCUUUUGGUUAGUAUGAUAAAGUGUAUGUCUGAUGUUUGCUUAUUCUGUGUGACCUGGUAUUUUCUUAAGCAGCAGCUAACUUUUUCUGGACUAGAUCCAUGAAUCGGUGAAGUAAAAGUCCAUUUAUCAACAAAAUAUUUGAGAUCAAAAUAUGGGAUUCACAACGGGGGCAUGGGUUGAUAUGUACUUUUGUAUUAGUAUUAGAAACUUAAAAAAAUGUUUUUCUCUAAGUUUGGAAUAGUUGAUGCUGACGGAUAUUUAAGUUUGUAUCAAACAAACUGGAAAUGUUGCCCAGUAACUGGAAGCAUGCCUAAGCCAUACCUGACUUGGCAGUGUCACAACAAAACAGCCAAUGAUUUUGUCUUUGUUAGUUCCUCCUCUUUGAUAGCUACAGCUGGUCUUUCAACUGACAAUAGGAACAUAUGUUUGUGGGAUACUCUUGUAGCACCUGCCAAUAGUUUAGUCCAUGCUUUUACAUGCCAUGAUAGUGGAGCUACUGUUUUAGCAUAUGCUCCAAAACAUCAGCUAUUAAUAUCAGGCGGCAGGAAAGGCUUUACAUGUGCAUUUGACCUUCGGCAACGACAGCAAAGGCAGCUUUUCCAGAGCCAUGAUUCUCCUGUUAAAGCCAUUGCCAUUGAUCCGACAGAAGAGUACUUUGUUACAGGAUCUGCUGAAGGCAAUAUAAAGAUUUGGAGUCUAUCUACCUUUAGUCUUCUCCACACUUUUAUCAAUGAACAUGCCCGGCAGUCCAUUUUCAGAAAUAUUGGAACUGGAGUGAUGCAAAUUGAGACAGGACCAGCAAAUCACAUUUUUUCAUGUGGAGCUGAUGGAACAAUGAAAAUGAGGAUACUGCCGGAUCAGUUUAGCCCAUUAAAUGAAGUAUUGAGAAAUGAUGUGAAAUUUAUGCUAUAACAUUUUGACAAUAAGAUGUAUAAUUUAUUCCCUAUUCCAUGGAAGUGGCCAACACAUACAAUGUACAGUGAUCACUGUCUCUGCCACAGAUAAGCUAAUGCUUUCUUGUUUUCAUAUUUAUUUUACAGAGCUUUGCCCUUGAUGCACUGAUGCCUUAAAAAUUAACAAGGUCAUUCAGAAUUAGACUAUAUUGCCUAAAAUAAAAUGUAUAAGUAAUACUGUAAUAAUACAUAUUUAUAGUAUGUUAUAGUGAGUAUGUCAUAGUGUUAAAGGAGUUUUGUGUUCUGAUUGUUGAUAAACUCUUCUGCAGAUGUCUCUGUAUGAAUUUAACAGUAAAAAUACCCUUUAUGUAAAGGCAGUUGACAUCAGUCAUCACUUAAUUCACCAUGCCCUUACUUCUUUUUUCAAACUAAUACAUCUCAAACUCUUCUUCUGUUAAUGAUAGAUUGAUAAUUGGGCAAGAAUAAAAAACAUAAUGAACAUCUUCAUUAAAAACUGUCAUUGGGACUUCAGUGAUAUAUGACCCAAGAUAUAUAAAGUUCCCUGUUUCCUGCCUGAAGCCCAAGUGUGUUUGUAUAUAUGUAAUAUAUCUUACACAUCUUAUUUGGACUUAGUUUGUGUAUAUAUCAGAGGAAAUUACAAGUCUUUUCAUGUGUUUUUGUGCCAUAACAACUACUGCCACUAGAAUAGCGACCUUUUUUGCAGCUGUCUUUUUCCAUGUUUUUUUGUUUUUAGUUUUUUAAUUCCCAUCCUAAUUUUCAAAUAAUUUCAGGAAGACAUCCAAGAUUAUAAUUUUAAAGAUUAUCUUGAGUCAGUUAAGUCUUAGCAGGCAAUAAUGAUUCUUUGUUGGCAUAUAUGAGACACUUAAAAGUAAGUUUAUAAAAUUGUCAAAGGAUUUUAGAGCAGCAAACAUUUUACUUCAUCUUUCUUUCUUUUCUUUUUUUUUUUUGUUAGGUGCUUUUAGUCUCAAAGUUCUGAAUACCUUAUAGCAGUGUUUUUAGAAACAAAUGUGAAAACAGUAAAAUUAAAUAGAUAAUAUUUACAAAUGU